AUGAGCUCCCGCGUAUUUUUCAAGUCAGACACGUACGAUCCGUCAACGGAGCUCCCGCUAUAUGUUCUUGACACCACCAAUUUUCCCUCGCUGUCCAAUGAACGCCAAAUAGCGCAACUGGCGGAACGACUCGUUUCCCAAAUGCCGGCAGAGGAACACUGCUUGGCCCUUUUUGCUGGAGGGUUUUGUGAUCACGAUAAUGAUCAAGUCACUUCAUUCAAAAUGCCGUUGAACCUGGUUAAGCUGUUUAACCUCAUCCCAUCACAAAAUAAAAGAUACCUCUACAAGGUAUAUUUGGUACACGGGAGCAAUUGGAUCGUGAAGUCUGUCGUAGACUUCUUCAAAAGGUUUUGGAACUUUACGAGGCAGAUCGUGUAUUGUGAGAACCUGUCUAUUUUGGCCCAACACAUCGAUAUCACCAAAAUUCCCAUCUCCCUGACCUGCUACCUUGUGGACAAAAUCGUGUACGGUAACGACCGCAUCAUUCUCAAUAGACAAUUCCCCAAAAUAUAUGGGAUGCCUCUGAACCUGUCCCAUGGAUUAGCAUUCAAACAGUUUUCCAAAAUCUACAACAACCUUUUCUCAUACAUGACAACCAAGCAUUUAGACAAACAAUUGACUCCAGAAGAAUGGUUGAUCCUGAUCAAGGGCGGACAGUUGAAGCACGAAACUCUUGUUGCGGUUGAGAUAUUCAGCGAUGCUCUCAGCCGUGACCAGCGGCUACGUUUGUCCGAUUUCUCGUUCGUGGAGCAUUAUCUCAUCCUUGAGAGGUUCAUUGCCCAACUGAGCGAAUCUGAGCAGCCACUCAUUCCUCUGGAUGUGCUUACCAAGUACAACUACGACUUCUCACGGCUAGAAGAUUUGAAUACGGCUCUUGGGGAGUUGUUGUCUUUCAAGUAUCCCGUCUCCAGAAGACCGGCUCUGAAGUCUCUUCAAAAUUCAACUCCGAUACUGAACGUCCAACGUCUCAGCUAUGACAAUAGCUAUAUUUUGGUGAAGCUGCUAGUUCUUAUGCGGCGCAUUGCCAUAAAGCUGUCUCACGAAGAGACCGAGCCACACGCCAAAAACAUAGCGCAGAUGAAAGAGAGACAGAAUCUACGGUUGAUUUUGUCUUUCACGAAAAUCUUGUAUAACGAGCGGGCUGACCAAGAGCUUGACAGCGGGUUUGAUUCAUUGUUCAAGUUCCUGUGCUCGUUUUUUCGCAAUUACGACAAAGUGCUUGUGAACGGACAUCAGCUGAAAGACUUCGAGAAUCGUAUCAGCAUGGAUGACAUUCUGAAUUUCGAGAAGAAACAAGUUACAGAUAGUCCAAUGGAGCGAAAAAUAGCAUAUAAAGUUCGCACAACCGAGCCGCCAACGCCUCCGGUGGCCCGCAAAGCCAAGGACCGGAAGCCGCAAAUAGAGGUGGAUGAGUCCUUUGAAGAUUUCGUUUUCGAGUCCGAAAAAGAGAAAAUCUCAGAUAAGCUACGGAAUGAGCUUCUGAGGCCAUCUGAGCAGCUCACCUCAAAACUGGUAAAGUACACAGAAAAGGAUCUGUUAUUCCAGCAGAGUCAGCAAAAGAUUAGAGAUGCACCUGGCAAAUUUCGCGUCGCUCGUGGACGCAACGUCAGUCGGCUAACACAAUUAUACGAACAGAAAUUACUAGGAACUAUUUGA